CAAUUCAAUUCAAUUUUAUUUGUACAACGCCAAUUCAUAACACAAGUUAUCUCAGGACACUUUUCAAAUAGAGCAGGUCUAGACCGAACUCUUUAUAAUCCAGACUGCAGCUGUGUGUGUGUCAGUCCUGGAUCAACAUGGAGGAACAGAAGAAGAUUCUGUGUGUGGGAUUGGUGUGUCUUGACAUCAUCAACGUGGUUGACAAAUACCCAGAAGAAGACACUGACAGCAGAUGUUUGGCGCAGCGUUGGCAGCGAGGAGGAAACGCUUCAAACUCCUGCACAGUGCUGUCCCUGCUCGGGGCCUCCUGCGCCUUCAUGGGCUCACUGUCUGCUGGACCAGUAGCCGAUUUUAUUUUGGAAGAUUUUCAGAAGUUCCACAUCGAUGUGUCUCUGGUGUCUGAGCACGUUCAGUGUGUCCUUCCAGCCUCUGUGGUCAUCAGCAACAUCAGCACAGGAAGCCGCACCAUCCUGCAUAUGAACAGUUUCAUCAUGGCUGACUUCUUGCGGUGUAAGAUCGAUGUCUCAGCAGUGGUUUGGCAGGGCAAAGGACAAACCCCCUGUGCGUGUUGUGUGGUUUGUCCGUCCAGCGGCUCUCGAACCGUCGUUCUCUCUGACAUGAACCUUCCUGACAUCACAGCAGAGGAUUUCUCCAAAGUUGACCUCCAUCAGUUCAACUGGAUCCACUGGGAGGGCCGAAAUGCUGAAGAACAGGUGAAGAUGAUCCAGCAGGUGGUGAUGUAUAACAACACAUUGCCAAAGCAACAGAGAAUCACUAUCUCCGUGGAGAUAGAGAAGACCAGAGAGCCACUGUAUCAGCUGUUUCCUCGCGGUGACGUGGUGUUUGUCAGUAAAGAUGUCGCUCGUCACUUCGGUUUCCUUACUGCUGAAGCGGCUCUGAAAGGACUCUACAGUCGGGUUAAACAGGGGGCUGUCCUCAUAUGUGCCUGGGCAGAAAAAGGAGCGGAUGCUUUGGGUCCUGACGGUUUGCUGAUUCAUUCAGACGCUUUUCCUCCUGAAACUGUCGUUGAUACUCUCGGAGCCGGAGACACUUUCAACGCUGCUGUCAUCUACACACUGUCCAAUGGUGGAAGUUUGCAGGAUGCUCUGACCUUUGGCUGCAGAGUUGCCGGCAGGAAGUGUGGUUUCCAUGGUUAUGACAGCAUCAGCAAAAAGUUCCCAGAUGAGUAAAGAGUUAAAAAUGGUGAACGAUUCAGAGAACUAUGGUUAUCUCACACUGUAACCAUGUUUCAUAAUUAACUGGUUAUUGAUUGGUAAUGAAUUGGUAACAAGCUGCUAAGAUGAUAGUUAUGUGUUAAUUAACUGUGUGAUGCUGUGAAUUUAAAUUAAGUCACUUCUUGUCCAGAUUAUUUUUUUUGUAAUGUGUUUUUCUUUCCUGAUGAUAAUAAAAUCUGUCAUGCUGAUCAAUAAUUGGCUGAAAUGAAA